UGAACAGUUCUCAUGACUGUUUAAUUAACUGAAUAGAGAACUGUCAAGUAUGACAUGCGUCAUUUGCCAAUUAUUACUAAUAAUUCGAAUCUAGUCUAAUCAAAAUUAGCUAUUUGUUAUUAGUUAAAAAUGAGCGACGUAAGUAGUGAUGAAAAUGAAACAAAUCACAUUUUAUAUCGAGAUAGGCCGGAAUGGAAAGAUAUAACUCCUCUAAAACAAGAUGAUGCUGAAGAACCUGUAGUAGCAAUUGAUUAUACUGAAGCUUUUAUGGAUUGCUAUGAUUAUUUCCGAGCAAUUGUACAGAAAAAAGAAAUAUCUGAACGUGCGCUGGAAUUAACACAAACUGCUGCAAGUUUAAAUCCUGCAAAUUAUACUGUAUGGCAAUAUAGACGUGAUAUUCUCAAAGGAUUGAAAAAAGAUUUGUAUGAAGAAUUAAAUUACAUUGAAAAAGUUAUUUUAAGGCAGUCGAAGAACUAUCAAGUUUGGCAUCAUAGGAAAAUUCUUGUAGAACUUCUACAAGAUCCAUCAAAGGAGAAAGCAUUUACAGAAACUGUAUUACUAAAAGAUGCCAAGAACUACCACGCUUGGCAACACAGACAAUGGGUUAUAAAAACAUUUAAACUUUUUGAUGGGGAAUUAGACUAUGUCGAUGAACUUAUAUCUACAGAUGUUAGAAACAAUUCAGCCUGGAAUCAAAGAUAUUUUGUUAUAAACAAUACCACAGGAUUUACUGAAGAAAUUCUAGAUAAAGAAAUAGACUACACUUUGUUUCACAUUAAAAAUGUUACGGAAAAUGAAAGUGCAUGGAAUUAUUUAAGGGGGCUGUUACUGCAUAACAAAGGAGGACUAAGUACAAAUAAAAAAGUUACUGAAUUUUGUAACACUCUAUAUGAAUCAGGAAAUAGAUCUCCGUUUCUAUUGGCUAUAAUUGUGGAUAUGUGCUUUGAAUGUAUAACUGAAGGUGCUGGUGAUUCAAAGUAUACAUUAGAAUUAGCCAAACAAUUGUGUGAAGAUUUAAUUAACAAAUAUGACACUAUAAGAGCAAAUUACUGGCAACAUAUGUUAGAAAUGCUUCAGAACAGUGGUAAAUCUAAUGACGGUGCGAGCACCAGUGGCAAUUGAAGAACUAAAACUGAUAGUUGUAAAUCUGAAACUUUAUUAAUAAUUAUAAACAUUUCCAGUACAAGUUAGUAUAUACAUAUUUUAUCAGUUUUUAAAGUUUCAGGUAUACUUAUUCAAUUAGAAUGAUUUUGUUUGCAAAAAUUUGAUGGCUUGUAUUAUUAGAAAUGUGAUGUUUCAAUUUAAACUGUAAUCACUGGAUAUUCUACAAAAAUUGGUACAGUGGGAUGAAAUCCAGGUCUGUUGGUAAAACUACCAAUUUUUUAUGUACUUUUAGAACAAAUAUUGAUUUUGUUUGUCGUCGCAACAUUUUCUGAAAACUCAUUACAUCCUCAUAAUAUAUAUUUUUUUAAAUUGAAAUAAUAACAAAUUGUAGUUGAAGUUAAAAGUACUAUCGAGUCAAUAUUUGAGAUUAUCUCAUUUUUUUAUGUCCAACUUCCAAUUUUUUAUAGUUUCUUUAAUGCUUUCAACUGAAUAUUAAUGUCAUACUUCAAAUUAAAGUUUAUUGUGAAUUCAGGCCUUACUGUAUCAGCAGAUACUGAUUUUCUUACAUCAAAAUGAGCCCUGGUAUUGAUUAUUACACAAGCUGAUGUCCAACCAAGUAAUCUUAAUUAUGAUCAAUGAAGAAAGAAGUAACAGAUUGUUUUAAUCUCGCUGACCCUCUUUCAACAAACAAGUUUUGACUUAAGUGCCAGCAUCGAUUGUACCAAUAUUUUCAACAACCAUACUUUAAACAUCUAAUUUUAUAUAUUUACAUUUAUGUGUUUUAAAGCAUAUUUUGAACAAUUGGUGUUUGUGAAUUAAAUGUAAGUAUUGGAAAUUAAAUGUGAGAAAGUAAACUUAAUCAGUUGAGGAA